GCUAAUGUAAACAAACAAGUUUGUGCUGUUGUAGCUGUGUUGAAAAAUCGGAAACUUUGUUUAUUUUUAAUUAGUUAUGAAAUUUGCAUUUCAGUUUUAAGUAUUAUUUCAAACGUUAAUUAACUGUUCAUUCAUUUGUUUUUGAGGGUUGACAAUGCCUACUACAUGUUGUGCAUACGGUUGUUCAAAUAACAAUAUGAAAGACAGAUGUAAAGAAAAUAAGAUUUCCUUCCAUCCUAAGGAUGAAAAUCUGCGUAAAGAGUGGAUAGUAAGAAUAAAAAGGGAAAACUUCAAUCCAACCCCCCCUACCAGAAUUUGCUCUGAACAUUUUGAAGAAGAAUGUUUCACAUACCAGCCAUUCACGAACAGGAGGUCAUUAAAGGCAGAUGCUAUGCCAACGAAAUUUAUUUUUAUUUCGACUAAAGGAACCACUCGUAAGCGAACUAGUUAUGUAUUUGGUGAACCAUCACAGGAAAGUUCAAGAGAAAAGAGAGCAAAUAUUCCUGUUUGCAUAAGGAAGACAGUAUCAUCACAAACUGACGAGUCUUUUUUGUUAAUUUUAAACGAAUUUUGUCAAAUGAGAGACCAAUUGGAUGCUGCACAAAAUAAUGUUUUAUUGAAUGUGUUUUCUUCAGCUAAUGAGAGGAUAAAAGUAAACAUGAAAUGCGUUAACAGGUUUCUCUCAUGA